AUGUCGAGCUGCACCCAUCCCACCUCUGCCCUCUUCGUAGAUCGGCAAAAUGGGCGCACGACGUGCACCAUCUGCGGCGAUGUCGUCAUGAGCGACCAGUACGAGCUAGACCCUAUCUUCGCCCAGGGCGGUCGACAGCCGGCCAGCGGCGGCGGCCUUCGCGGUCUUGCCGGCAGCUUCCGCCCCGCCACCUCGUACAAAGGCACCAACACGAGCAUGAUCCACUCUCACUCCCGCCCCACCAUCGACAAAGCCCGCCGAGAGAUGCUGAACAUCAGCCGGCAGCUCGAGAUCAGCGAAGAUACGGUGGAGCGUGCCCUCGGCAUAUACAAGGUGGCGCUCAACCUGAACGCAGUCUCCGGCACACGGCCAAGUGUGCUAUGCGCCUGCCUGUACGCGGCAUGCCGGCGUGAGCGUACGUCGCACGUCAUCUACGACUUCUCCGAGCUCAACGGCGAGGACCCGCACACGAUCUUAUCGCAGAUGAAGUACAUCUGCCACGCCACCCACACCGAGGUGCCCGUGAUCGACCCGUCGUGCUACGUGCAGCGGUUUGCCGAACAGAUGGACCUCGGACCGCAGACGACGGACGUGGUUGUGUGCGCUCUCAAGGUGCUGCGCGCCAUGCAGGAUGACUGGAUUAGCUGUGGCAGGCGACCGAUGGGUGUGUGCGCUGCUGCUUUGCUCGUGGCGUGCUACGUUUUUGGCAUUUCACGCACCCCGGAGCAGGUGUGCGGGAUGGUGCGACUCACGUCCAACACAAUCGGCAAGCGACUGACCGAGUUUGCGGCGACACCAACGGCGCGUCUGGAGAACAUCGACGACUAUCAGCCAUCGCACGAGACCUUGCCGCCAGCCUUCAACGACUCGAGCCGCAAAUCCACCGAGGAGGACGUCCACGCGAGUAUGCGGGAGCUGUCGGCCAUCUUCUACGAGCUUGUCUCCGAGGCGAAGACGUCGCAGCCCGCAACGCCGGAGCGGUGUGACAAGUGGCGCCGGUUCAUCAUGAAGCACUGCGAGCUGGAGGGCAUCACGCCGCUGGAGGAGAAUUUGGAUCUGAAAGGGCUGUCGCCGACACAGCAGCUGCACAUAUUGGGUCUGCCGCACACGAAGCCCAUCCCGCUAGAGGAGGUGGCGCGCAGUGUUAAGAGGGAGGAGCACCGCCUCCUCAUCAAGCGCGAGGCGUCUCUUCAGAACGGCAGCGACGCGGGGGGCAGCAUGGGUGGCAUGCGGCAGGGGGCAGCCGCGGGGCUGCUGAACGAUGCGGAUGUGUCAUCCACUGGUAUUCCUCUUUAUCUGCUGCCUGAAGAGUCGUUGGCGUCCUCGCUCGCAAAGACGUCGCCAGCGGUGGGGUACGCCGACGACGGAGGCAUGCACUCUGCGUCGGCCGCCGUUGGGGCCGCCGCGAUGGAUUCGCAGGAGCAGCUGCGGUGGAUGACGGAUGAGUACACGCGGUUGCUAAACAGCAAUGCGGAAGUGAUGCACCUGCGCAGCGACUUCGACUUUGCUGACGAGGAUGACGCCAAUGGGGUUGGUGGUAGCUCUGGAGGCGCCGCGGUGGCCCCGUCUGUCAGUCACCCUACUCAGAACCAGUCCUUCAGCUGCGGGCUCUCGCAGCUACGCGGCGGCAGCCCUCUGCCGGGAACCCCUGCAGAGGAGGAUCCAUUCGGGUUCUUUGACCGCGACGACGAGGGGGUCCGUCUAGCGCUGGAGGAGAUCCUGUACGACCGCGAGCGGCGACACGCCCUGCCGUGGGAGUUCCUCGUACUACCGCGGGUCGAGGAAGAUGACUGCACGGACAUCCUGCCCUACCUCGUGCUGGACAACGAGGAGCGCCUCCGACGCGAGCGCAUCGGCGUCUCCCUUUACGGCGAAAAAUGGAAGCGCGGGCGUGCACGGACGGAUGAGGAAAUCCAAAAGCUGGAGGAGGCGCGAGCCUCGAAGCGGCGCCGGCGCAGCGUUAUUGCGGAGCCCGCGGUCGACAUACCAACGGCGAUGGAGCGGGCGUUGCGCGGCCGCGGCGCUGGCACGGUGAACAUCUCCCAAAUCGAUGAGCUACUUCCUGGCAUGCUGGAGGGGCUCGAGGAUGAGCCACACGCGGACUGGGACUGA